AUGAAGUUCCUUUCCCUGCUUGUGUCUACGGCCUCUGCCACGGGUAGACGGUUUAUACACCACAGAGAGAACUUCAGGCGGUACCCUAAAGUCAAUAUUAAUGAUGUAGAACUCGAGAAACCUCGCUUUGGGUUCAGAAAAGUCAGAGAGCCGUUGAUUUCACAGUCGGUGAAAGAAACCUUAUUCCCCAAUACCGAGAUCAAGCGGCGAUACUUGAAGGCGGGAAAACCCGUUCCCAUCAAGUACAGAUACAUCAAUGAUAAAAUCGGGAGAAGAAACUACGAAAAGUAUCAAGAAGAAGUGGCAUUAGGACUUCCACAUUUCCGAGUUGGUGAAAAGAAAAUAUAUUUCCCCAAAGGCAGGAUUUGUUUAUUGAGACCCAACGCCAAGCAUACACCGUACCAGGCCAAGUUCUUGGUCCCCCGAAACUUCAAUAAGAUGGAUUUGAGAGAUUAUUUGUGGCAUGUAUAUGGCUUAAGGGCACUCAAUGUUACGGUCCAAUUGCUCCAUGCCAAGUUCCAAAGAGGUCCUGACGAUCAUGCCAGGUACAGAGGACCCCAGUACAAGAAGAUGACCAUUGAUAUGGAAGAACCUUUUAUAUGGCCUGAACUCCCACAGUCGGUCGUGGAAAAUGCGAGCAAGACGUUCGAUAACCAGCUCAUGGCAUUAGAACAAAAGACGGCCACUGGUUCCGACAAAUUGAAGCCUUCCGAUGCGUUUGAUGGUCUCUACAACAAACCGGUUCUCGUAGAUCAAUUUAUCCCUCGUCGGGCCAGAAAACCAGUGGAGGCUCGUGACGAUGUAAAUGCUGAAAAAGAGAUGGUAAUGCUGCACUUGGGGUUAUGA